CCGAUCCCAUGGCUCCGUUUGACCAGACCGCAGUCGAGAUCCUAUCACACUUGCUUGGACCAGACCCAGCAGAAUCGACCUGUGAAGCCAUUCGUAACGACGACGAGCAAAAGCUCCGCGAAACUAGCCUUAAACUGCGAGACUUAUCAACAAUAAGCCCGAAGCGAGAAGCCAUCAAUCGAGGAAAGGCGGGAUUCCUCAAGCUACUCCUAGAGAGAGACAACACUAUAACAGAGGACCUUGUGGCUAUUGCUUGUCAGCGAAAAGAUAAGGAUAGUCUCCGCACGCUCCUCGACUUCGGAUGGGAUAUCAACAGGCCUAUACAUUCGGCUGCUUCUCUUCUUUGCCUUGUAUCUGACGACGAGAAACUCACGCGGUGGUUGGUUGACAAUGGGGCGGACGUAAACGCGAGGUCGACCCUUGACGAGCCGCCGCUUGCGGUAGCGAUUACUAGUGGCAGCAUAGACGUGGCACACCUUCUGCUUUCACUAGGGACAGACAUCACGCAUGGUAAUCUGUUGCAUUGUGUAGCAGAGAGGGAAAACCAAUCUGAAGGUGCGGAGCUCGCGGAAAUCCUGGCGAGGAAAGGAGCUGAUGUGAACGCUUAUCGCCACGAUAAUGAUGUUGCACGUCCAUUGCGAGGUAUGUCUAAGCUUUAUACACCUCUCCAUGUGGCUUGCUCUAGGAAGAAUAUACCUGUUGCACGAGUUCUUCUUCGAUACGGCGCCGAUCCUCACCGUAUGUCUCUGGAAGCAGGUCGACGAGCACCACCUACUGCUCUAGAAAUUGCACGCGUGCGGAAUGACCACGAACUCCUUGAUUUAUUAUCCAUGGUCGGCAACUUGAGUCCGCUUCCAAGCUCGACUACAUUCCGAGCGAGCAUUUUCCUAGUCCUAGUGGUUUUUCUAUACAUUGUUCAAGGUGGUUUACGUUAAAUUAUUUCGAUUCUAAUUGAUUGGCUCCCUUUCUCGAAGCGCAAUUAUGCCGCGGCUUGAAUGGCGAACGUUAUGAUUGCGUUAAAUAUAUGUAUGAUCGCAGAAUGUCUGCGCUUAUCAUAAGGCAUGAGCACGAGAAGCAAGAAAUUCCUUUCUGGCGCCAAAACUUCAAGCCGAAUUGUGGCCAUCUUCAUCAUACUUGAGGGUGAGAUACAUGUUGAUGAUUACGCCAACCUGCCUUUCUCCAUAGCUCCUCUCCCGAUCGUCUGCACUUCUGUAUUGCUGGCUUUGGGCCUUCGUCUUUCGUUUGUACUGCUGCUAUUAGGGUCAAAGUUAAAAGGCAAAAAGCUGUUAUAAACAAAAUGAUCGACAGCAUGCUUAAAACAUAUCUCUUCCUAGACCAACUAGAUUUAAGUGAAAUUACGAG